AUGGCUGAGUCUCAUCAGAGCCAGGAAGCCAGUGCAGAGGGCAUUCAGUGCCCUAAAGCUGACUCUGUUGAUUGUGAGGAUGACCAGGUUGAGACCACACAAGAGAUACCAGUGAAUGAAGUGCCAGAUAAUGAAGAUCUUCCUCCCACACAUGUCACAGACAGGGUCUUUUUUAUUGAUUUAGCCAAUAAGCAACUGCAAACUAUCUCACCAGAAGUCUUGAGUCUAGAACAUCUGGAAGAGCUGCACAUGGAAAAGAACCUAAUCAUAAGCAUCCCCAGGGACAUCAAUCACCUGAGGCACAUGAAGAUCCUCUACUUGGAUCACAAUCACAUACAGGACAUAUGCGAAGAACUGGGGGAUCUGAAAUGUCUUCAGAGCUUAGAUUUAAGCAACAAUCCCCUCUCCUGCAGUUCACUGCCAGUUAUCAGCAAAUUGCAGUCCCUCCGUCAGCUCAGGCUCUAUAAAACAAACUUGCACGAACUCCCGGUGCAGAUCUGUGAGUGCCUCCAUCAUGUCGAACUGCUUGGCCUCUCUGACAAUAAUCUCAAGUGUCUGCCUAAAGAAACAGUGAACCUGACAAAACUCAAGGAAAUUUACCUCCAGAAAAAUGGAUUGGAAAGUUUUCCCGAGGAGCUUUGUUAUAUUGCUAAUUUAGAAAUAAUAGAUCUGGAACAAAAUCUAAUCAGUUUCAUCCCAGAAGAGGUAGGCUUUUUGACAAACUUAGUUAAGCUAUUUUUAGCUUUUAAUAACUUAUCCUCUAUUCCUCCUACACUGCAAUAUUGCCAGAAACUGGCUGUGCUGGAUCUGUCUCAUAAUCUCCUGCACAAGCUUCCUGCAGGUUUGAAGAAUCUCACUGAAAUGAGAGAACUCAGUCUGUCUGCUAACAGCCUGGAGAAGUUCCCACGUCAGAUCUGCUGCUGGCCAUCCCUUUCCCGUGUUUACCUGAGGAACACUGGCCUGAGUAAAGUACCUAGGUCCUUCGCCAGAUUAACCAGUGUCAAGAUACUAGAUCUGAGUGAAAAUUGCUUUGAUAAGAUUCCUGAAGGAAUAUGCACUAUGACAAAUCUAGAAGAACUGGCCCUGGAUGACAAUCACCUACAGGAGAUACCUGCGGAGGUGAAAGAACUGACAAAUUUGAAAUGUCUUGGCCUGUCUGAAAACCAAUUCAGUAUCUUUCCAAAGGAAAUCUUUCUCCUGGAGUCAUUAGAGAGAUUACACCUGGGACAAAAUAAAGGAAUUAAAUUCACAAGUCUGCCAGAAGACAUCAGUAAAUUGCAGAAUCUGAAAGAACUGCAUAUGGAGAAUAAUUGUCUGGAGCAUCUGCCUGCAGCCAUCAGUUCGCUGACCCACUUGAAAACACUGGACUGUCGCAACAAUCUCCUUAAGCAGCUCCCAGACUCUUUGUGCCAAAUACAAGGCUUACAAAAGCUGUUCCUUCAGAACAAUCAACUGUCUCAGCUGCCUGAGGAUUUGGACAGCCUUCAGCAGCUGGAGCUUGUACUUGUAGAUGAGAACCCUAUGACAGACCCUCCAAUUGAAGUGUGCUGUCAGGGGACAGCUGCCAUCUGGGAAUACUUACAGGAAAAAAGGCGUAGAAAGGCCAUGAAGUUAAAGGUCAAAAGAUUGUGGCAUAGGUUGAAGGGAAUCGGACCUUUCUUGGCACUUUAUAAUGUAGCAAAAACAAAAAAGAAGGGAAAAAAAGGAAAAGGAUCAAAAGCCAAAAAGUGA